AUGUAUAGACAUAUUUUAUCCCAUCAGCGGGGAGGCACCAGUUUAUGCUUUGCAUUUUCACCUCAAUAUAAAUCUUUCAUAGCCCAUUUGCUUAAGCCUAGCUCCGCUUCGGACACAAAUUUUGUUGCACAUCCUAGAAGACCAACAUGUCAUCAGCAUACCCAUUUUGAACAGAAUUUACUGCCCAAAAUUAUUAACAUAAACAAGGUAGAAAAAGUACAAAACGUACGAAAGAGAAAGUGCUUUUCAUUCAGGGUGGCGCAUUUUGUCAAAAGAUUCCUCCGGACUCUUUCGGCGUUGCGGUUCCGGGACCAGACUACGAUCAGCCUUCCAUUCUCCUGCUCGUCGCGUGCUCCCUCUCAGAGCCCUCUUCGGGAACAUCUUAUUAUCAUUUCGAUGAUAUUAUCUGCUACAACGAAUGACAGUGCCCGAGUGGUUAUCAAAACUCGUCUCUGCAAGAACUCAGGGCAUGGAGAUCAGACAUGGGGGAGGAAUUCUCUUUCCACUUUUGGGACUCAAAUUUUUGCGCAAAAUUUUAUCUGUACGGCAAGCUCUCCCCUCAUGCCAUUUUCUAAGAACAGCGAUCUACAAAUACGAAAGUUAUUUAGAGUUGUUCUCAAUAACAAGGGAGAUAUUGUCAAGAGCUCUGCAGGGGUUAUACUUUCCAAAACAUCAACAGCUAUAUCGCCACAGAUGUUACUAUCAAUUCAGGCAAUUUCAUCGUUAGAACUCAUUUCAUUCAUAUUUAUCUCCGCUCCUAGCUUCAGUUCAAACAGAUCUGUAGCUAGUACCCGACUUCUCAUCUAUCAAGUAGGUACCGAAAGGGGUCUAAUCAAGGUAUGGGUUGUAUCGAAGCAUUUCUUCGAAGAACAUUCAGGCUCUCUUCCACCUGGUCACCUAAUUAACCAAGUUGUGGGCAAGGUCUUAAAUUAA